AUGUUUUAAAUUGGAUUGAAUCAUCAUUAUUUACCCCCUUAAAAGUUUUUGCAAUUAUUAUUUCCUUUACUUUUUUCUAUUAUCUUAUUGCAAAAAAUACGACCAUAUAUUGAUAUUUAUAAUGUAUAAUGUCAAUCAAAUCAAAUUAGCUAUUUUUUUACCUCAAUUAUACAAAAGACAGAAAGUUCAAAUUUGCUUUCAUUAAAGGUAAAAUGUUAAAAUCUUAUUAUUUUAUAUAAAGCAAGAUUAAGAGCUUCAUUAAAUCAUUUGUAUAUAGCAACAUAUAUAGUUUUUACUGAAUUUAGAAAAUAAGAUUAAGCUGAAUUUCAUAAUUUAAUAAAGAAUUCAUUUUAAAUUAUUUGUUUUUAGGGUUGUAAUUUAAGAUAACAUUAAAAUGAGAACCAUGAAUUUUUGAGAACAAUUAAAGAAGGUUUAAUAUGA